AUGCUGGACAGUUUUCUCGACGCACUAGACGCAAGCCGCGACCGCUCUCGCGGCCCCGGCGAACUUGACGGAGAGAGCGGCGACAAGGCUGAUGAUGAUGUUCAGCCUCAGGACACCGGCGAAGCAGAAGCUGUGGGAGACACCGGCGAAACAGCAGCUGUGGGAGGAGCCGGGCACGCAGCCUCUAGCGGUACAAGUGGUGAGACCGUCCGAAAAAGUUCGAGGACGAACCUUUUCGACGGGCUGUACGCCGACCCCGCCCGCGCACGAGACGGGGCACGCGGCCGAUGCAGUGGGCCUGGGCGAGGAACACGGGUGGCGUCGGGGGAUGGAGCCAAGGGGAGGUUUGCGGGGUUGAACAAAAAACGAUUGAAGCACAGAAGGCGCGAGGAGAGGAAGAAGACACCGGAACAACGAGCGCGAGAGCGAGAAGCGCGAGAGCGAGCGCGAGAGCGAACGCGAGAGCGAGCACUCAAAGCGCAGAGAAGGCGGGAGAACACGCCGCGAGAGAAGGAGCUCUUGGACAUCUACCAGAAAGUGGUGGACGCUAUCGACAAGGCGGAGCAGUCCAACAGCUACAGCGGUAUUGUGGAGGACCCGACGGAAAUGCUGACGGAAUCUCUUCUCCCGUCCAUCAUGCGUACCGCCUUGGCGAUUCGGGCGUACGCUGUCCUCGAGAUUGAGGAAGGUGUCAACAAGUUGCGGCACAGCCGCUACGUCGGAGAUGUGGUGAAAACCACAGCGCAGACGGUGCGCAAGUGGGUAAAGGAGUUCUGCCAAGACGGAAAAUUUAUCAUCAGAAAACGACUUUACGAGAUAAGCCAGGCGGACUCCUUCAUUGACCAUGAGGACAUUGCCGAGCGUUGCCGGGAGGAAAUCGACCGGCUCUCUCAUUUUCACGUCCGUCCCCUUACCUCUGAAAGUCCGAGACACGAAAGCGCGGAUCCGUUUUCUUCCGGCGGUAAAGCCGC